AUGGACAACGACCAAGUACAAGCGCUCGUCCAAGCCGCCGUGCCACCGCAGGCAGUGCCACCACCGCCUCCUCCGGUUGUCCCCUUCGCAGUUACUCCCGCAGGAGCUGGCAAUGCUGCAUGGGAUUUCACCUCAUCAACUGGACUCAAGAUCUUUAUUGCAUCCACGGCACCCUUCAGUCACCCGUAUGAUGGAAAAGAAGCAUUCCUUAAGGACUUCCUUCGCAAGAUCUACCAAAGGGCGGAAUCCUAUGGAUGGUCAACAAUUCUGAUCGUUGCUGACGCAUCAGGAGAACAGAGGAACAUAACCACCCAACACGGAUGCCUCAAGUUGACGGAUGUCCAGACGCAUGCCAUCACGUACCUUAGAUUGACAGGAAGGGAACAUCAAGCGUCGGCAUGCCUCCGAAAGCUUAUCCUCGGAUCAAUCACUCCCAAACUUGCGGACAGAUUGACGACUCGCAGCAAGGGAUACACCGUCGAUGCAUCAGCAGCGGUGGCUCCCGGAGUGAAUCCAAACGCUCCAGUUAUGAAGGAAGAUGGAACGUGUAUGCUUUUCGAACUGAUCAGGCUCGUCUCCGUCGAAACCAGGGCGACAGUCACAAUCGUCACGGCCAACCUGAACAAUCUAGAGCAACUCAUGGAGAAAGCGAAGUCAAACGUUGAGGACUUCGACAUCGCUGUGAGGGAUCUGAUCCAUCAGCUCGACUCAAAGAGCGUGGCAGUACCACCCAUGCUCCACAACCUGUUUGCAGGAUACGUGAACUGCUCCGAUACCGUCUUUGUCAGGUACAUUGCCAGGAAGCAAGAAGCAUAUGAAGAUGGAACGAUUGGCAUCACUUACGAUGAACUCAUGAAGAUGGCUCUCGAGAAGUACAAGAUCCUCAUCGACAAGGACCUUUGGCUCAAGAAGACUGAUGACGAGCAUGAGAUCAAUGCUCUCAGGUCUGAGCUCACGUCACUCAAGGCUUUUCCUGCAGCAAAGAAACCUUCCAUCUCGGAAGGAGGUGACACGGCGGCAAAGAAAGCUCAAAGGCAGGCCAAGUGCGCGGACAAGUUCGCAUGGAAACUAGUCGAGCCAAAGCAGGGUGAGCCAAAGGAGAAGACCGUGAACAACAAGGAAUACAUGUACUGCCCUUACCAUGAUACGACCAAGUGGGUCCUCAAGAUCAAUGACAAAGGAGUCGAUCACAGGACAGGAUGUACCAAAAUGAAGGAAGCAAUGGCAGCCAGCGCACAGGUCAAGGAUGAUGCCGGAGCUACUGCCCUUGCCAACGCCAUGGAGGACGUUGGAACAGCCACCGUGGAUAUGAACCCUUGA